AUGGCAUUCUCUGGGACGUAUGAGCUUGAAAGUCAAGAGAAUUACGAUGAGUUUCUGGAGGCAAUUGGGUUUUCCAAUGCCAAGACUGACUUCAAAGUGAUAACAGAAGUGCUUCAGGAGGGGGAUGAUUUUACCUGGUCACAGAUUAUUCCCAACUGGACCUUGACUAACAAGUUCACCCUCGGAAAGGAGUGUGAGCUAGAGAGCAUGCUACGCUCCAAGUUCGUGACCACCGUCACCAUGGAAGGAGGCAAGAUAAUUAUUCCGUUCCCCCAGUAUCAUUUCACUGCUGAGAUCAGUGGGGACAAGCUGAUCAUGCUCUGUACAACCUCCGGGGAGAAGGGUGUGACCAUGAAGAGAAUCAACAAGAGGAUCUGA